AUGUCAGCCACCCCACAGGACCCGCAGCGGGAGGUGCAGAAGAUCCUGAGGUUCCUGGGCAAGGAGGUGGCGGAAGGGACAGUGUCGAGGAUCCUCCACCACACCUCCUUCCAGGAGAUGAAGAAGAACCCUGCUGCCAACUACGAGACCAUGCCCACUGCCUUCAUGGACCACAGCCUCUCCCCCUUCCUCCGGAAAGGGAUCUCCGGGGACUGGAAGAACCACUUCACUGUGGCCCAGAAUGAGCGCUUCGACCGGCACUAUCGGGAACACAUGGAGGGCUCUGACCUCCACUUCCAGAUGGAGGUGUGAGGGGCUCAUCCCUCUUCUUGGGGGGUGCUCUGCUUCUCCCUGCUCUUCCACUGAGGAGGAUAGAUCUGGACAAAGCAUCCUUGUGCUGAUUCACUUUUCCCCCCUGUAAUAAAUUUGGA